ACACCAUUAAACCUUCGCGAGCCUCGUGGUCUUCUUACAUAGGCUGUAAAUAUUCCUAGCGAUAUGAAUGGCUGAUUACCCUCGAAUGCCCGGACCAUGUUUUCGCCACUAACUAUCUCAUUCCCUCAAUGCGUCUGGUCUCAAGGCCUGUUCUGUAGAUCGGCAAUCAGUCGAUCAACUGCCCCGAAGAAGGACGUGGCUGUGUUAUUCAGGCCGACGAGGGAUUACCGUUAGAAGAGUUGUUGACGGAAAGAGACUUUAAAGACAAUUGCAGCCGUAGGUGGACUGAUAGAUCUAUGUGAUACAUGUUUGUCCAUCUUGACCAGGGGCUGGACUGUCCGAAAUAGAAGGACGGGAAUGUUCUCUUGGAUCAGUCGAGGCUUUUGAAGAUAUGAGACGGGAGUUGUGACGGGAGGACUCUCGCCUUCACAAAUGGUGCGACGACAAAGGAGUAUUGUACAUACAUUGGCAUUUACACAGACUUUGGGGUUCAGCAUCGAGAAGCCUUGCCGUGAAUGUACCCUAGUCGUGUAGCCUCGUAUAAUUUGCUUCUUUGUUCGUGACUGCACGCGCCACUGGAAAUUAAGCUGAUCUUAAUGAUUUACACAGCGUCCAAUAUUUUCUCUAUUCAAUAUUUGAUUAUUUUCACCUGGAACUGGUAACAACUGUUGGUCGACCAGACUCAUGGGUCAAUAAAGUCCUUGGUGGUGGAAAUCGAUGAGACAGCAUUCAAAGUGUACGUACACAGUGUCCUACUCCGCAAGGUGUUCCAAACAAACCCCCAGGCACUGGCCACACCUUAUCUACAGCACAGCGACGCCAGGUGUUAAGGACGAAAUAGGCUACAUCAGCCACAUGCAGUAUCUCUUUGAUGUGUGCUGGUACACAAUGAUAGGCAGAACAUAGAUCUUCAUCAGUGCAUGCUAUUGUGAACUCCUCGACAGUGUGACGGGUAACGGAUUACUGGAGCAGUGUUCAUGGAUACGGGAUGAACCAUGAAGACAGUGUCGGGAGCUGACUGGGUAUUCGUUACAUUCAUCCUUACAUGGGUUUUGACAGACACAGUGGUUGCCCUCCAGUGCUGGCACUGCAUCGCGGACAACUGCGACAUCAACCCGUCGGAGAACUACAAAGCCACCAAGAAGGUGUGUCAACCCAACCAGUGCUGCCAGAAGGUGAUUUUCGCGAUGUACAGCCCGACAGACAACGUCAAGUACACGUCGACAGUUCGAAGCUGUGCCGGUGAAUGUUAUUCUCACGACGACUUCGAGAACUGCACAGACGAUCAGUACAACACCCGAGGUUGCGUCACCAAGACGUGUUGUGAUAACCAGGACUUCUGUAAUACGGCGAAUACGUACCGUACGUACAGUACGUGGGUAACAGCUUGCGUACUCACCUCCGUGGCCUUCUCUAUUCAUGCAGUGAUGCCAUUGCGAUGACUGACGUGAACAUAUGGAAACUUGUGUCAGUUUAGGUGUGAAGUCAUCAAGGAAUGACGUCACCAAGCGUCGUGGCUAAAGUGUACUGUGUUACAAAAAAAUGAAAAGGGAGGAAACUUUGAGGUCAUCUUUAAGUGUGUUGAUUUCAAGUGUCUUAAAUACAUCUAAAAAGAGCACUUAACGAAAUUGUGUUUGGAAGAUGGUCAGGUGUUUUAUACUCGGGACUCGUUGGAGGAAUAUUCCGAAAAAUGACUUUAAUUUUAAUUGCAUGGUUGAUCGCUCCCAUACCUCGUUAUUUUAGACGUUAAGUAAGUCUCAAAUUGUUUGAUGAAAGCUUCAAGGAUAAUAAAUUAUAAUAAAGAAGACUAAAAUUGGAAUUUUUAGGAGGAUACUUUGCUGCAAUAGAAAAUCAGCGUUGCAAUAAAGUACCGUAUUUCCUCUAAUAAGCAACAGGCGUUAUAUUUCGUUAACAAGAACCGUCAGUUAGUACAGGUCCGGCGCUUAUUAGUUUAGGAUUACGGUGUUAUAUGAACUAUCGGUGAUGACUGGGAAGUGCUAAGUAGAGACCAUUAAAUGUUAUUUGUAUCGGUACCAUGACCAGUCACUGCAAUCAAUUGAUACGCUCCCGACGCUGUAAGAGGUUGGAUUUGUUGGUUUGUUUGUUUGUUGUUUAAUGCCGCACUCAGUAAUAUUCUAGCCAUAUGACGGCGGCCUGUACAUAAUAGAGCCUGGACCAGACAAUACCGUGAUUAAUAUUGUGUGCAACGAUCUACGAUGACAUGCAAUCAACCAAGUCACCGGACCUGACCAGCUGAUCCAUGUCAUCGACUCUUACGACCAGCAUAGGUUGCUAGGGGUACCAUUGCUAAUCCAGAAUCCCCAUGAGGCUUAAUAGACCGGGUUUUGGUUUGCAUCAGAAUCGGCUCUUGUUAGGGGCUGGCGCUUGAAAAAAAAUCCCGGCUUUUAUUUGAGACACCCGUACACAUUGUCAGCAUGUCAAAACAAGACGCCAGUCAAGAGACCAUUAUGGACAAUUCUGCCUCAUCUUCAAACAC